AUGGAGCCUGGACGUGGAGGCCCUUCUGUGCUGCCCCUCUGGCCCCGGCCUAGGCGGCAGCCUGCCCUGUGGCCUACCCUGGCCGCCCUGGCCCUGCUGAGCAGCAUCGCCGAGGGCGAGGCCUCCAUGGGCCCCGCGCCCAGCAGCCCGGUCCCCCAAGAAGGCCCCGCGCCGGCCCCGGCGCCCCCCGCGGGUUCCCUGCCUGGGGGCCGCGCGGCCGGUCUGUGCGGCGGAAGAGCCCGGCGGCCGCCGCCCCCGCCGCCCGCGCCCGCGCCCGCUGCCCCCCGAGGGUCCCGCGCUGCGCGGGCUGGGGGCCGGGGCGGCCGCGGGAGCCGGGGGAGCCGCGUGCGGGCCGCGGGGGCGCGGGGCUGCCGCCUGCGCUCUCAGCUGGUGCCGGUGCGCGCGCUCGGCUUGGGCCACCACUCCGACGAGCUGGUGCGUUUCCGCUUCUGCAGCGGCUCCUGCCGCCGCGCGCGCUCCCCGCAUGACCUCAGUCUGGCCAGCCUGCUGGGCGCCGGGGCCCUGCGGCCGCCCCCCGGCUCGCGGCCCGUCAGCCAGCCCUGCUGCCGACCCACGCGCUACGAGGCCAUCUCCUUCAUGGACGUCAACAGCACCUGGAGGACCGUGGACCGCCUCUCGGCCACUGCCUGCGGCUGUCUGGGCUGAGGGCUCACUCCGAGGGUGUGCGGACGUACCCUUACCUGUGGGUCUAACUGCCUGGGACCGGCCGGGGGCCUUGGCCGGAGACAGAGGCUUCGGCCGGCUGAGUGACGGACAUCAGCCCUGCGGAGAUAGAGGCACGACUGACCAGCGGCCCCAGGGCUCUCACCCUGCCGGCCUCAGCCCCGCAGACCCCAGAAACCUCAGCUGUGGAGACCCGAGGACCCACUGCUCACAGACGCUGGCACUGACCAGGCCAUGGACCCAGGACUUCUCCUCUGGAGAACCCAGAUGUGUCAGGUCGCAGCCUCAGCCCAGGCCUGGGGGGACAGAUCUGGAGACACAUUGCAGUUGUGUUGCUGAAGUGCCUGUGCUGGAGUGGGCCUUGGACUCACUCGUGGGAGCUGGACCCCUAUUUAUUACUUCUAAGUUAUUUAUUUACUUCUGUGGUUUGUCAGAUCCUUUGCUGGGCUGUGGGGGCCCGAUGGAGAGGUCACUCCCUGACCAUCCCACUCACAACUUCAGGCUCACUCAGCAGUCAUAGGCCUGGCCCGGGACUGCUUGUGCCCACCCAGCAGCUCUGGGAAAUGAGGGGCAUGGAACACAGGCAGAGUGAGUGACAUAGGUGUGUUCACCUGUCCCAACAGGCCAGCCAGCUCACAACCCCUGCACAGUCCCCAGCGGUUGGAGCCUGGGGUUACUGGUGGAGAAAGCCAUACCCUUGAGACCUCAGGCAUGCUGCGGGCCUUGUUUCAUGGUGAAGAUGCAGAGAACCAUACAUUGCCCCACCCCACUGUCACUGAUCAGAGUCCAGGGCACCCUGACAGGUGCAUAUACUGCCUGUGCUUGCAGAUGGCCCAGCAUGGGGAGCUCACCACCCACAUUCCGUGAAACAGCCCAAGUCAAGUGAUGAAGAGGCUGAGGGUGGGGAAGAGGGUGCAGUGGGACGCUGGUUUGGGGGGAUGAAGCACAGAGCAUCAUGGGGAUAAGAAAGCAGGAAAAGACUGAGGGUGCCUAGAGAGACCUGCAUCUUGGGUAAUGAACAAGGAUAGUCACUUAUUCAUUCAACAGAUAUUAUUUUAUGUCAGAUGCUGGGUAGACAGCAGGGAUACAGAAGUGAACCCAUGAUCUCUGCUCUUAAGCUUAAACCAUGAGAGACAGACAAUAAAUAAUUUACAUAAAUAAUAUUUAAAUUCAGUUUGGCAAACAGUAUGAAAAGGACAAGAAGCUAAGAGGUACACACUCUCAUCUGGAAGGAAGAAGAGGUUAAUGCUGACCCUGGCCUUCCACACUGUCCCCAAGUCAUAUCUAAGAAGUCAGUGCAAUCCCUCUGAGAUUCUGUGUGUGUCCUGUGAAAACUUGUUUCCUGGGCCCAAGGAAUUUGUCCUACAUGAUUUUUUUCUUUGCAAAUAAGAUCAGGAUAUGUGUUUGGACGCAUGCUGGGUCUGAGGAACCAUGGGACAUCCAGAGGGGUCGUCAGGAGGCAAUGGGCUGUACUGGUCUGGAGCUGAGGAGGCAGGUCUGGGCUGGAGAUUGAUUUGGCAGCUGUGAGGACAGAGG